AUGACGAUGAUGUUGGCCCUAAAGCCUGAGACAGAGUUUGACGUCACUAGCGUAAGUCUUGUUUCUUUCUUUGGGGACACGAGGCCGGAGGCGGUAAAACGAAGAUGGACUUCUUUUAUUCUAAAGACGCUAGAAUGGCCAGAACAAACAGAAACAGCUCAACUCUGCUUUGAGCAUUUCAAGCUUGAAGAUUUUAACGGGCCAUAUGCGCAUCUUGUGGGGAUGAAGCGAUAUCUGAAGCGAGAUAGGUUCGGCGUCACUGUUUAUCCUACAGUAUUUCCGCCAAAGGAACAUGCUACCAAAAGCCCGAGUGAGCGGGCGAAACGAAACCAAGGGCGAGUAAGGCGCAAGGAGGUCGAGGAAAUAAUCGCCAGGAGUGCCGACCAGCUUUUUUACGAAUCUGACUCGACACAUACCAUAACAGCAGCAGUACCCGUAAACCAAGAAGACCUGACAGAUAUAGAAGAGAUCAACGAGGCUUCCUCCAACUCCAGUCUCCUGCCUCACAAACUGGUGAAAAAAGGAGUAGGAGUUCAGGCUAGAGAAACCGAAGAAUUGCCUCCAGAGAUGGAGGAAGAUGACAACACAGAAGAUGAAGAAGCUGAGGAUGAUGACGACUUCAUGUCAGAGGAGGAGCCAGAGUUCCAGCCUUCGGCUGAGGAGAGCGAUCUCUCAGAGGAUGAAGAAUACAACUGCGAAUACAUCCAGUCUGACAGCCUGAAGAAGGAGCCAAAACAUACUGUCUUCCUGUCACAGCUACUUCUACUGUUUCACUGCUGCCACUUCUGCAGUUGGAAGAACCCUCUAGUCCAGACUAAAACUGUUGGAACAUGCAUCUCUGUGACCAGCAGCUGCGCCAAUCCCAAGUGCAGGAAGGAGAUGUCCUGGAGGAGUCAGCCCAUGAUGCCAGGGACAAAGGUUGCUGCAGGGAACUUCUUACUGUCUUAUGCCAUUCUUGUUGCCUCCUACGAGCACAAACGGGUAAGACAUUUAAAAACAUGAUGUUUAGAAUUGUUUAUUCCUAUUAAUUAAGUUGUUGUUCUUUUGCAUUUUAAGAUUUUCCUCUUCCCUGCUAUCUACAUUUACUGGAAGAAAUAUCAGACUGCUAUGAUAGAGAAGGCUAAGAGCCUAGGAGCUGUGGUCAUGGCUGGGGAUGGCCACCAUGAUAGCAUGGGGCACUCUGCCAAAUAUCGUGCUUAUACAAUGUUUUGCUGUUCGCUGUCGAUGAUCAUUCACUUCACCCUUGUACAGAGAAAUGAAGCAGGGAGCAGAACUGGGAUGGAGUACAUGGCAUUCCAACAGAGUAUGGGUUUCUUGCUGGGAGCUGGGCUGGCCAUCUCCCAUUUCAUCUCCGACCGCCACACCAGCAUUGUGAAGCACAUGCGAGAGAAGCAUGGAAACAUCGCACAUUACUGUGAUUUAUGGCAUUUGAAAAAAAAGAUCCACAAAGUCCUGAGCAAAAUAGAAGAGUCUGUAAAGGAUUGGAUCAAGCCGUGCGAGAACCAUUUUUACUGGUCUGCGAGGUCCACCACAAAUGGGAAUGGGUUGGUAAUAUCGGCUAAGUUGAAGUCAUUUCUUAGCCAUAUUACCAACAAGCACACUGAUCUUGAUGAUCCCUUAUUCAACCGUUGUGCUCGUGGGGAGAUAAACACUCAAAGAAAGUGGCUAGACAAAGACUCUCCUGAGUUUGAGAAAGUGGAGAAGGCCUUAACGGACACAAGGCUGGUCUCUGCCAUCAAGCAAGCAUCCCCUCUGGACCAGACCAGCUCACUGGAGGGAUUUCACUCUGUCCUGAACCACUAUGCACCUAAGAUGAUUGGUUUCUCCUAUGUAGGAAUGUUUAUCAGGCAUGUUGUUGCAACAGUGCAUUUCAACUGUAACCUGCAGAGAGAGCCACGCCGAAGGCCAGAUGGGACCAUACAAGAGACAGUUGUCUACCCUAAGUUUAAGAAUGGGGAGGCUACUGUGAGAGAUGUCAAAGUGGCCCCAAAUUUUGAUUAUGUAGAUGACAUUUUUGAAACUGUCUGCCAAGCUAUUGCCUCCAACUCCCUGACCGCUGCAUCUGAAGAGCUGCAACAGAUGACCCCUGCAGCCAUGAAUACCAUGUUGGACAAGCAGCCUCGGGAGGAGGCCAUCGCUAAGCGGCAUGCUUGCCAACAGACGACUGUACAGGAUGUUCCACCCACAACACCAGGUACAGUUUACCAAAUUAAUACUGACCCAAAUAUUCCAAUUUCCUGCAUGCUGCAUGUUCAGUAUUCUUGAAUAUCAGUCCUGACCCCCUAGGUUUGCCACCGGUACCACAGUAAGCUAUAUGCUGAACAUAUUUUAACCAUGUCAUUUAUUUCUCUUUUUAGUUGCUGUUGUAUUGCAGCAAGAGGCUGACGCAGCAGCAGCUGCAGCGGCUAGGGGUUCUGUGCAAGCCAAACCAACUUGCAGAUUCUGUAAGCAACCAAUGAAAUGCCACAGUAAAGUAGACUGCCCAAGAAACAUGCCAUCAACCCAAGACUAGUUUCGCCUUUCCGAUAUUUUGACUGUUGAUAUCAUGUAAAUCUACAAAGGUUGUUUUUCAUUUUUUAUGUAAACCAUUCAUACCAUGUCUGAAAAUGUAACAUUCAUUUAUUGUAACAUUGAGACUGUUUUAAAACUGCUAAGGCAGUGUUAUUUU